UUUACCAUAACCAACAAUUCUAAACCAUUCUUUAAUUAAUCUACAAACAAAGAAAAUUCUAUUUUGGACACCAAUCAGAAAAAUGCACACUCCGGCAUAGUUAGACGGAGGAUUGCCAUCACCUUAUCAACAAAACUUUUUCCCUUCACUUCUCUUAACACAACUUCUUUUGCAUAUAUGAUAUACAUCAUAAUAUAUAUCAACAUAAUGUUCAUAAACACAAUUAGAAAAUAAAAAGUUAUAGUAAAAUUCGCAUGUGAAUUGUUGAUUGCUAGUGUAAAAACUCGUGUUAUGCUCAUACGAAUGUAUCAAAAUGAUAGAGGAAAAAUCACAAAAGAGGACGAGAAUCGUCAUAAUUGGAAUGUCAACCUUUUUACUAGUGGCUAUGGUGGUUGCCGUUACGGUUAGUGUAGACAUUAAUACUCGCAACGAUGAUUCAACGAACAACAAUGAUAAGACUCGCAUAGCUUCAACCAUAAAAUCGGUGAAAAGUUUUUGUCAACCGACCGAUUACAAAAAAGAAUGUGAGGAAAACCUAAUAGAAAUAGCCGGCAACACAACGGAACCAAGAGAACUCAUUAAAUUAGCCUUCAAUGUCACCAUUAAAAAAAUAGGUGAUGGAAUAAAGAAAACCAAUCUCUUGCAUGAAGUGGAGAAGGAGCCAAGGGCAAAAUUGGCACUUGACACAUGCAAACAACUUAUGGAUCUUUCAAUUGGUGAAUUUGAAAGGUCACUUGAGGGAAUAAAAACUUUUGAUCUCAACAAUUUAGAAAAUAUCCUUGUGAGUUUAAAGGUUUGGCUAAGUGGUGCAAUUACAUAUCAAGAAACUUGUUUAGAUGGUUUUCAAAACACAACUAGCGAUGCUAGUAAGAAAAUGCAAAAUAUUUUAACAACAUCAAUGCAUAUGAGUAGUAAUGCACUUGCCAUAAUUUCGGAUUUGGCAAAAAGUGUGUUGGAUUUGAAUUUGACAAACAAUGAACGUCGUCUUAUUGAUAAUAAUAAUAAUAAUAAUAAUAAUAAUAAUAAUGAUGUGGGCGAACAAGUUUUUGGUCACGAUGAUGUUGAGGUUCCAUCUUGGGCUGGUGAUGGUUCAAGUGUUGGUGUUCGUAGACUCCUUCAUGCAAAUCAUUAUAAACUUAAGGCUAAUGUGAUUGUGGCUAAAGAUGGUAGUGGAAAGUUUAAGAAAAUUAACGAUGCUUUAAAGCAUGUGCCAAAGAAGAACAAAAAAAUAUUUGUUAUUUAUAUUAAGGAAGGUGUUUAUCAUGAAUAUGUUGAAGUUACAAAGAAAAUGACUCAUGUUGUGUUUGUUGGUGAUGGUGGCAACAAGACACGAAUUACUGGUAACAAAAAUUUCAUAGAUGGGGUUAACACUUAUAAAACCCCCACCGUUGCUAUUGCUGGAGAUUACUUUGUCGCCAUCAAUAUAGGAUUUGAGAAUUCAGCUGGACCCCAAAAACAUCAAGCAGUAGCCAUAAGAGUUCAAGCUGAUAAAUCAAUCUUUUACAAAUGUUCAAUAGACGGAUAUCAAGAUACAUUAUACGCACAUACCAUGCGUCAAUUUUAUCGUGAUUGUACAAUUUCAGGUACCAUUGACUUUGUCUUUGGUGACGCAGUGGCUAUUUUUCAAAAUUGCACUUUUGUUGUAAGAAAACCAUUAGAAAACCAACAAUGCAUCGUGACCGCACAAGGUAGAAAGGACAAACAUCAACCAUCAGGAAUAGUGAUUCAAGGUUGUUCCAUUGUGUCUGAUACUCACAAUGUGAAGUUUGACAACAAAGCCUAUCUCGCUCGUCCGUGGAAGAAUUAUUCAAGAACAAUUUUCAUGAAAACUUACAUUGGAGAUUUGAUUGAGCCUGAUGGAUAUAUGCCAUGGCAAUUACCAAAUGGUACUCUUACUGGAAUGGAUACUUGUUUUUAUGUUGAGUAUAAGAAUAAAGGUCCUGGUUCAAAUAAAUCAAAGCGUGUAAAAUGGCGUGGAAUCAAGAAUCUUACAUCACAUACUGCUAGUGUUUUCUUACCAUAUAAAUUCUUUCAUGGUGAUGAUUGGAUUAAAGUAACUAGAGUUCCUUACUCUUCUGGAGAGAUAUCCUCCAAACACUAAAUUAAAUAUUCUCUUUUCGUCUUUUUUAUAAGAUAUAUACAAUUGUCUUUCAUAAAAUGCACCGAAAGAAGUAUAUUUUAGGAUCAAA